CAGCUUGGCCAGUUGUUGCCUGGCUGAAUCUCUGCCACUCCUGGAGAGUGAGUGGUGCUCAGAGCUCAAACCAGCAGAGACAACUUCUGUAUCCUCACCACUGGCCCCCCUGCUCUCCACGCAAGAAGCUCCGGCACUGAAGCAACCAUGGGAGAGGAUGCCACACAAGCUGAAAAGUUCCAGCAUACAAAUGCUGACAUGCUCCAGGAAAAGCCAUCAAGCCCCAGCCCCAUGCCUUCCUCAACGCCAAGCCCCAGCCUGAAUCUAGGGAGCACAGACGAGGCCAUCCGGGACAACUCCCAGGUGAAUGCUGUCACAGUGCACACGCUCCUAGACAAGCUGGUGAACAUGCUAGACACCGUGCAAGAGAACCAGCGUAAGAUGGAGCAGCGGCAGAUCAGCCUGGAGGGCUCGGUGAAGGGCAUCCAGAACGACCUCACCAAGCUCUCCAAGUACCAGGCCUCCACCAGCAACACCGUGAGCAAGCUGCUGGAGAAGUCUCGCAAAGUCAGCGCCCACACGCGGGCUGUCAAGGAGCGCCUGGAGAGACAGUGCGCUCAGGUGAAGAGACUGGAAAACAACCAUGCCCAGCUCCUGAGACGCAAUCAUUUCAAAGUGCUCAUCUUCCAGGAAGAAAAUGAGAUCCCUGCCAAUGUGUUUGUAAAAGAGCCUGUUUCCAGCCCAGCGGAAGGAAAGGAGGAGCUCGCAGACGAAAACAAGUCCCUGGAAGAAACGCUGCACGCGGUGGACCUCUCCUCCGAUGAUGAAUUGGAUGAAUUGGCCCAUGAGGCGGCGGCGCUGGAAGACAGCGCAGAGGAGAAGACCGAAGAAAGUAGGGCAGAGAAAAUCAAAAGAUCCGGCCUCAGGAAGGUAGAUAGCCUCAAGAAAGCAUUUUCUCGCCAGAACAUCGAGAAAAAGAUGAACAAGCUAGGGACAAAGAUCGUAUCCGUAGAGAGGAGAGAGAAAAUUAAGAAAUCUCUCACUUCCAAUCACCAGAAAACAUCCUCAGGGAAAAGCUCCCCCUUCACUUUCGGGAGGAAGAAAGUCAGGGAAGGAGAAAGCCCGGUGGAAAAUGACAGCAAGUCAGAAGACUUGGCAAGCAAUGAGCAGUUACCAAAUGACCACGAGGAGAGCUCAUUUGCAGAGGGCCUUUCUGAAGCCUCGCUCCACAGCCCCCUGGCAGAGGGGAAGAACACAGGAGACCCCGAGAAGACGGCCUUGAUGGGGAGUAAGUCAGGAACCGACAGCAACGUCAACUUGACCAUUAUGGAAGAUGAAGAAGAGGAAUCGGUGGCCUUGGAACAGGCACACAGGGUGCGCUAUGAGGGGGGCUAUUCUCUAGCUUCUGAGGAAGCAGAGCGGUCAGAGGAGGAACCCGUGCAGCCCGCUGUACUCCAGGUUAACCAGACCACCUGAGCGCAGAGACCAUGAGCCCAGCCCAGCCCCUGCUUCCGUGCAAGGGGCAGCCAUGGCCUAGAAAUGAAUUUCUCCCCAAGUCCAGCACUGCCCACUCACUCUCUCACCGACC